AUGAAAUACCUUAAUCAAAGGAUGAUUAUGGAAAUUGAUUUCUACUUGUUUAACUCAGUUGAUAAGAACAGGGUUGUUCUGAAAUCAAGCACUGAUUAUAGGCCUGCAGCAUUGAGGUAUAUCAAUGCAAGCUUUGUCUCGACAUCUUCCCCUGGAGUUUUAGCGUCCCAGUUAAUAGCCACACAAGGCCCGCUGCAGCACACUUAUGAGGAUUUCUGGGAAAUGGUUAUCCAAUAUCACUGCCCUGCAAUUGUGAUGCUUACUAGGUUGGUCGACAAUUACAAGAUGAUAAAGUGUGGAGAUUACUUUCAAUCUGAGGAUGCACCUAGAGAAUUUGUAAAUAUCUCUGUUAACUGUAAAUGGGCGAAAACCACUGAAGCUUCGUUGGUGCUGCGCCAUUUAGAGGUGAACCGUAGCGAGGUGGGAUGAUUUUUCAGCUUAUAAUAGUUGUGCUGGUUAUGUUACAUAUGUUUCUCUACAAACUGGAAUGGAUGAUGAUUUUCUGACGGAAGUUGGGGAGAUGCCCUCCUUGAAAAAAUUAUUGAUUCAUCUAAUUGUUGGCCCUGUUUUAUGGUUAUACACUUAUACUUAUGCUAUAAUACAUUUGAGUCCACUCUUUAGUACAUAAAAUGAUAACUUUAAGAUAAAGAAAGAUGGUUCCUCUCAAUAUGAAAGAAAUGACACCCUUCAAAGUGAUUCUUUCUGAUUAUGGAAAACAGAACACACAGCUUUGCAAAGUUUGCCGGUUGUGUAAAUAUUUGUUGCCUUACGUUACUCUUCCAUAGUUAAGUGAUGUGUCGUAAGCUUUGAGGAGGUA